AUGGAACACCAGGAACAGGUCGUUUUUACCGACGCAUCGCCACCACAACCACCACUGCAAUCGCUGCAAUCGCAGCAAAAGACCGCCAAUGCAAACACGUUUGUCCAUAAGCUGUACAAUAUGGUGAUAGAUAACCAGUAUCAGCAUCUUAUUGCUUGGACCUAUACGGGAUCAUCGUUCAUCGUUUGCAACAUUAUGGAAUUCUCACGAGAUGUGCUUCCGAAGCAUUUUAAGCAUAAUAACUUUUCGAGCUUUGUUCGACAACUUAACAUGUACGGAUUUCACAAGGUGAACAAAUCGCCUCGAGGGCAUCGCACCCUUGCAGAGAACCAGAUCUGGGAGUUCUCACAUCCACGCUUCCUGCGCAACCGAUCUGACCUUUUGGACGACAUCAAACGCAAAGCGAUUGAAGCCGACACCAGCCGUGGACGGGACAACCGUGAUCUGCACAGCCAUAUGACAAUGAUGCAGGUCACGCAUUCGGAUAUGAUGCAGCGGAUCAACCAUCUUUUUGAGAACAUCAAUGAAGUGGUCAAAGAGCUGGCAGAGACCAAGCGGAAGCAGGCAUCGCAAGAAGAGCUCAUGAAAAACAUGCUCCAAUUCAUCAGCCAUCAAAACGGCGGACACAUUCCUCCCGAAUUACAUUAUCACGAUCUCGACAAGACUUCUCCAUCCAUU